AUGGAACUGGCAGUAGGGGGAUGUCCUAAGCAUCAUCUCACCCAAUGCGCUGGAUCUUCCUCCCAUCAUCUGGGGAGCGCUCUCCAUCGGGGCUACUGUCAGCCCUCUCAAUCCCAAUUUCCCGGCCAAGGACUUGGUGCAUUACCUCAAAGACUCACGAUCAAAAGACGCAGUAUGCGACUGUUCUGGAAGCGGCAGAAGGCUGGUCUGAGCGCCGAAAGGAUCAUCGUUGUGGACGAUGCCAGACAGGAUGUAUGGCAGACCAACGCAUCCUCCAUCCCAGACGAUGAUUUCAACCGUCCUCACAUUCCUCCUAUUACGAAUCCCGAAAAAGAGGUGGCUGUUCUGGUGUACUCCUCCGGCACGGCCAGUCUAUCGAAAGGCGUGAUGUUGUCGCACUACAACAUCGUCGCCAAUCUUCUCCAGGCAGAGGCCGUGGAUACCAGCGUGCUCACUCAUCGCGACACGGCUCUCGCCUUCCUCCCCUUCUUGCACAUCAUGGGCCUCAGCUUCCUCAUCAACUACAGCUUCUACAUUGGCACUGGAUACUAUAGAAAUUAUAUUAGAAUACGAAUCCUCUUCCACUCAUAG